UCCACCCUUGACAUCCUUUGGUUGUGUCUUCAUGGACUGUGAUAAAUCAUCAGCAUAAAAUCAGUGUUAUUUUACUCAAAGGCAUUUCCCAUAUUAUUAGCUUUGAAUUUCAAGGUGUAUUCAUUAUGAAAAGGAUUCUAUAUUUAAUGGUCCCCAUGAGUGGACUGCUUGCAAGCUUUGUUGAGGGGAACCAAGACUGUAGUUCAUGCUAUCAGUUGGACAUUGGAGUGACUAUUGGGAUCAUCACUUGUGACAUCGUCCUCACACUUCUCAUUGCACUCUCAGUCUACUGUUUUGUGUCCCAUCAAAAAAGGAGAAUAAGUUUACAUGCCCAGGCCAGAGGAUGCGGGUCAGGCAAAGUAAAAACUCACCAGUCAUCAAUGAGGCCGAAGACGAUUGAAGUGGAAUCCCCUUACCAGGAACUUUAUGGAGUACAGUCAGACAUAUAUAGUGAUCUUCAACAGUAUCAGAAAUGAGGUGUGACCGCCAGUGAACUAGACCUUAUGAGGUGUCGCAAAGGGUCAGAUCUUCUUUUUAAAACAAUUUUAAAACAAUUUUAGAAUAUUAUGUACCACUGUAAAAGACAGCAACAUCUUCAAGACCUGACAUUUUGAAAUGUUAUAUUAAUAAUGGUUUGUGUGCAUACCUAAGAAUACUUUGUGUUUACAUUUGUGUUGAUAUAAAUAAGCAACAGAAUUUUGAUUUGUGCAUUAAUGUGUCCCAAUUCCAUUUAUUUGUGGUAUAAGAACAAGAGUACAUUCAUCAUGGUUUGUGGAAAGGUGAAGUGAUCUUCACAUAAAUUUCACAAAAAAAUCUGUCAUGUCAUAUUUAUUCAUAAAUUACCUUUGUAACAGAACUAUAUCAGCUUAUAUUUGUUUUUGUUCUUCACUUACAGUAGAAAUAAAGACUUUUAGUUUG